UCUCGAGGUCCCGGCCCACGUGUGGGGUGGCGUCUGCCUCGUCUUGGUGCUGGCAGGGGUGGCUGGGGUGGGGGUGUCCGUCCCCAUGGCGCUGAGAGUGGAUCCAGCGGCUGGAAUUCACGAGAGGCUCAACUCGGCCAUGGAACUGUUGAGAGAUGUUCCUCUGAUAGACGGACACAACGACCUACCUUGGAACAUCAGGAAAUUCAUGCACAACAAACUGCACAGUUUCAAUUUCACAGCCGAACUCAAAAACCUUCGUCCCUGGUCCCGCUCUUCCUGGUCACACACCGACCUGCCCAGGUUAAGAGAGGGCAUGGUCGGAGCUCAGUUUUGGGUGUCAUACGUUCCUUGUGCAUCGCAGACCUUAAACGCGGUGCAACUGACGAUAGAACAAAUAGACCUCAUCAAGAGGCUCAUCGAUCAGUACCCGGAUGAUCUUAAACUCGCCACUUCGGCUGACGAGGUGGAAUCGGCCUUCAGAGAAGGCAGGAUCGCCAGUCUGAUAGGUGUGGAGGGGGGCCACGCUAUUCAGAAUUCCUUAGGCGUCCUUCGAGCACUCAGGGAUCUGGGAGUGAGAUAUCUGACCCUCACUCAUAAAUGCAGUACACCUUGGGCAGAGAGCGCGAGAGCAAGAGAGACGGAUCUGGAAGACCCAAACUCGCCGAGAGGUUUAUCCCAUUUUGGAAAGACGCUGGUGAGGGAGAUGAACCGCCUCGGUCUGAUGGUCGACCUGAGCCAUGUCUCGCAGGCGACCAUGAAGGCGGCGCUGGAUGUCUCCAAGGCGCUCAUUUUCAGCCACUCCUCGGUGUACGCCAUCUGUAAGAACCCUAGGAACGUUCCUGACGAGAUACUCCGGAGAGUGGCUGAGAACGGUGGCCUUGUCAUGGUCAGCUUCUACAACCAUUUCCUCACGUGUAGCGAGACAGCUACCAUAAAGGACGUGAUAGAUCACAUCAACCACGUCAGAGAGAUAGCCGGAAUCCACCACGUAGGCAUAGGAGCCGAUUUCGACGGUAUUGAUAAGUUACCUGAAGGGUUGCAGGAUGUCUCCAGAUACCCUUACUUAUUCGCCGAGUUGCUGUCUGAUCCUAGGUGGUCCUUGGAGGACCUCAAAAAACUGGCAGGGCAGAACUUCCUUCGCGUUAUGAGGGAAGUUGAAAAGGUGAGGAUUUCAAUGAGUCAGCAGAGAGUGAUUCCAUACGAGGAGGAGGUUCCCCAGUCCCAGCUGGGUCACGCGGGAAACUGCACUUAUAAGUUCACUAAGGCCAUAGAGGAUUAACCUUCCAGCCCUGCAGGUUGCCGCAGCAGCAGCAGCAGCAGCAGCAGCAGCAGCAGUAGCAGUAGCAGCAGAUUCGGAGACCGCCCUCGACCAGUCUUUGCCGUGGGGCUCGUAGUAGAAGACACUUCAAGACCAAUAGUAUCUGUCGUAUCUAUUCUCUCUUGGGUCUCUUUUACCUUAAGGUCUGGGGGAGACAGAUUAUAUUCAGGGUAAAAAAUAAACAGAAAAUAAACGAGAUCAUCUCUGAGAUCAGAAGAGAAUGCCUCAUUUCGUUUUCGACGUUUUUUCCUUCUCUUUUCUCUUCUGCAUCCUCUCCCGCAGACCUUCCUCGCUCCGCCUCAGAUAUGCGUCAGGUCUGUCGUCGUUCGUCUAUUCGUAUGACAGAGUCUGCCACAUAUCGCUAGUUAUAUAAAUAAAUAAAUGCUUUUCAUUUCGCGGUGCGUCCACCACCGCCGCGAAGUUUUUUUGGAGAAGAGGGCUCGAUGGUGAUUGGCUGAGACGAAACGCUGCUACAGGGGGAUUGGCUGAUGCGUUCCACUCCCGACCAAUCAUCAUUCAGAUUCCCGAUUCGAAAUGAAAGGACCACGAUUCAUUUCUUUUGAAUAUUUUCAAAUAGCAAAUCAUAGGAAAUUAACCAGAACAACUACAACCUGCUGGGCUGAAAGGAACGUAGACAAAUCAUUUGAAUAUGUUACCAGUAAUAAUAAUAAUAAUAAUAAGAAUAAGAAUAAUAAUAUUAUAAUACUAAAGAUAAAUGUAUAGAUAGUCUAUACAACAUCAAUUCCUUUUGGGAUUCUUCAUCUUACACUGCCUUAGAGAAUUUUUGGUGCCAAAGACUGUAUAGUAAGAGUUACCACUAAUGUAAGCAGAGAGAUUCCCAGGCCAUGUUACUGUUUGAGAUGUUUUUAUGAUUAUGUCCUGUACAAACCUAAGCCACUUUACGUUGAUGAAUAGGGAACUGGUAUUGUUAUAUAUGUAACAUAUAUUUUUGUAUUAUAUUACCGAUAAUAAUGAACCUUCUUAUGAUAUACACAUAAUUUGAUAUCGAUGAACUCUUUUGGGUUGAAAUAAAUUAUGAAGUCUAUAUAUGAAAUUACUAGAGUAAAGAAUAAUAAAUUCGUCUGAUAUAAAAACAUUGUGAAUAAAUGCAAGAAACCUGUGUGUGAUAGGUAGGAAUACAGAAAUAAACUAUGGAACUAC